ACAACAGGAUAAUCCAUCACCUCCAAAACGAAAAAGACAACAAAUUGGUUAUGCUUGUGAUAGUGUAUUCUUUGAUAAAAUAGAUGCCGGGAACGCAGAGUCCGUUGUGAUAGGGGGAAACCAACUUGCGGACAAUGUGACGGAAAGUAUGAUUGUAUCUACAGCAAUCAUGCAUUAAGAUUAGAUAAUGUUUCUAUGCGACAAAAAAUGGAUGAUAUGCAAGCAACUGUCAAAAGGAUGUAUGAAAUACUUACACGAAUGGAAGAUGAUUAUAAAGAAACAAUACCUCAAAUACAACAACAACAACAACUACAGCAACAAUUGAAUCAUCAUGCUACGACAACCAACUGCAUUGCAACAAACUCAACUUAUUCAUUACCGCUUUCACCAGAUAGCUUUAUGAAGGAUAAAAUAUCAUCAUCGGAUUUAUCACUUUCUGUUCCUUUAGAUGAACAAACAUCAUCAACAGCACCACCUGUCGUUCUUUAUAAUCAACAUCCUACUAUUGUUGAUUGGGCUAGCGGAACUGGUUGGCAUAUCACUACAAACAAUGGUCUUACUUCUAUUCAUACCAAUAUUACAAGCUAUGAAGAUUUACGUGAUGCUGUUCGCCGAGCUCUUCAGAUGACAUAUCACUUUCAAGGUCCUCCUUUAUUUACCACUCCUACUUCUCCAAACAUUCCUCUAUUUGCAAGCGAUCUACCCUCUUUUUCCGCCUUUGAAAGAUUGGGUCGAAUUUCAUCACAUUCAUCUUCCUUCUCAAACACUAAUGAGUCAUCAACAUCAGCAUCAACAACAUUAGCAGCAUCAACAGCACCAGCAUACUCAUCACCGUCAUCAGCAUCUUCUUCAUCACCAACACCAGCAUCACCAGCAUCAACUUCCUCAUUUCCAUCCUCGUCUUCCUCAUCCAUGGCCUCUUCUACUUCAACUUCCAACAACACCGAUCAUCUAUUGGAAAAAGAUGUCAUGAGUCGAUUGAUCCAUCAACAUCAUCAAUGUGGGUUCCCUAUCUUGGUCAAUCCUGCCAGAUUCGAACGACAUUAUCAACAAGGGGAAUUGAAACCUGUUGUCCUUUCCUCCAUCUUUUGCCAUAUUGCACCUCACGCUUGUAUAUACCAUCCUUAUCUUGUCCAUCUUCAAGAUUUUCGUACAUUGGGCGAACGAUUUUAUGAUCACUCACGAACUCAACUUGGUCUCUAUGAUCAAUCCAAUCUCUCCAAUAUUCACCAACGAACACUAUUGAUUGCAUAUGAUUUGGACUUGGGUCGUGUACGUCGUGCCUUCAUCCAUCUUGGUGUGGCCAUUCGGAUGUGUUUUGCCUUGGAUCUUCAUCGACAAGAAGGUUAUGUCCAUUGUACCUCUCCCUUUGAACGUGAACAAGCCAAACGGGUAUUUUGGACAGUAUGGUUUUUUGACUCGAUGGUACCUCACUUCUUUGCCCAACCUUCAACGAUCCGUAGUGAAGAUAUCAAGAUUGAAGUCCCUUGUGUACUUUCUAAUUUUGAUCCCAAUGAAACCGACCAAACUCGCUUUGCCAUCAGUAUCAUUCAUAUUCGUCGCCAUGUCCAUAACGCCAAAUCCCUUCGCUCCUUUUACAAAAGUUUACCUGAAUCCAGUCGUUGUCACCGUAUGUCUUCUUCUUCCAUUCAAUCUGCUUCCCUUUGGGCUCGUCGUACCUUUUUCUGUGUCUUGUUGGAUUAUUGUCUCUCAUGGAUGAACUUGUACCGACCUCAUCUUCCCAAACCCAAAGCCAUCCGACGUACUUCUCAAGCUGCUUUUGCCAUGUUAUCUCUAUUUGCUUGUUGGUUCCGUUCCAAUGAACAUUUUGAUUGCUUCUUUCGACCUUAUUUAUUUCAUUAUAUGAGUAUCAUUCAAGUAUUCAAGGCAAAUAUUACUCAAGAAGAUGGACCAAGAUCACCCAUGCUUGUGGCACAAAGUCAAGCAGCACUUGUAAAGUUAUUCCAUAUGUAUCGCACAACGCCAACUUACCGUUCAUUUGAAGAAAGUCGACUGGAAAAGGAUAUGCUGGCAUUUUUCCAUCGACAUGAAAUCGUGACUUGGGCUCAGCUGCAGUAUGGCGAUCAUCAAGAACCUGAUCCUACAUGUCUGGAGGAACUGAUAGAUGACCCAGAAGAUUCGGAUUACUGCGGAUGGAGCAUUUUUAGUGUACCAAAAGAUGGAUUUAACAAUUCGGAUUACCACCAUUACAACAACAACAGUAAGAACAAGAAUAAUGGUAGUGAAGGUAGUAUCAGUGGUGGAUCAACCGUCUCCUCUUCCUCAAGUCAAGAUAUGAUGAUGGAUUAUUCAAAUACAACAACUCAAUUCGCACCUUUACAAAUGGAAAUGGAUUAUUUUUGAAAAAAAAAAAAAAGAAUUUUUUUUGUUAGUUUAUUCCUUCCCUUUUUAUUUCUUUUCUCUUUUACCCAUUUAUUAUUAUCAUCGUUAUUAGUAUUAUCAUUAUUAUUAUUAC